CCUCUCGCCCUAGAUAAUUGAGGGGUGUGUGUGUGUGUGUGUGUUGAGGUAAAUAAGGGGCGGGGUGGGGCUGGGCUGCUGCUGCACACCAAGCAUGAGGGCGGGGCCUGAGGGGGGCAGCCUCAGGAAAAGAAUUCGGCUGGACCCCCUUCUCGCCGCCUCCGCCGAAGCCAGCGCCGGGAGCCCGGAGGAAGGACAGCCCCCUUCCUGGGAUAGGAAAGUGACACAGCAGCAGCCUCCUCCUCCUCCUCCUCUUUUGCCUCCUCCCCCCAGCAGGGAGCGAGGGCCCAGAAGCAGCAGCAGCAGCAGCAAAGGCAGCCCCGCAGUCACGGUGGGGAACAAAGUUUUCAAACAAAGGAGGAUUACCUCUUGGAUGGAGAAUAAAGGACCCAAGGCAGUGGAUUCAAAGAGCUUGCAGAACAAAACUAGCAACGCAGAAGCAGAGUCCAAAAUGGCUUCAGAAAAAAAAGAUAACGCCUUUGAACAUGAUAUGAAAAAGGUUGAGAAUGUUCUUCAUCAGGGUCCUUCAAGGUUGUCUGCAGAACUGAGCACCAAGUCUGCAGCCUUGACUCAGACUGGCACCCUACAUAAAUGGGAAGCAGAGGAAACGCCCAGGAACCCACUUCCAGAAGCAGAAUCGAUGAAAGGAACCCAGACUGGAGACCAGUUGAAGAAUGCCAACGUUAAUCAAACUCGCAAAGUCAGUAGCCAGGUUUAUUGGGGAUGCAAUGAAACUCAGGAGAACUGUCCUCAUAAGCUUUCAUUGGGCAGCCCUGCAAAGGUGGCCAGUAAAAAAGAGCCUUCCAAAGAUGGCAGCGUGGAAAGGCAAGCAGUGAUGCAAAAUCCACAGCCGUAUAAGAACUGCAGCUCAGAACAUCUUAGUUGUGUAACCACUGAGCUGGACCGGGCGGAUGUGGUUCCUGAGAGCCCACUUUCAGAUGCAGGCUGUGAUGCAUCUUCCUCUGAUUUGCACAGUUCGCCACGUGGAGAUCAAGGGUGCAUGGGCAACUCUCCUCCUUUUGAGAGAGAGAGCGAACCCGAAUCCCCGAUGGAUGUAGAUAAUUCCAAAAACAGCUGCCAGGGCUCGGAGGCUGAUGAAGAAACGAGCCCGCUUCUCGAGGACCAGGAAGACAUUGGCGUCGUAUCAAAAGCGCCAAACAAAUCCUCACAUUUUCAAAGGGCGGAUACUGACUUGGAUGUAAGAAAGCCUUCAUUUGCAACCCGGAGGAGUGAAGGUGCUCGGUUUUGUCUUAAUUUGGAAGGGAUGGAUAAUCCAGUCAAAGAGGCUGAAACGCACUCCGAGUCGUACGGUGUAUCGCCAGUAGUGUUGUCAGAAUGCAAAGGUGCCAAACACUGUGGGAGGAAGGACACUAAAAUCACUGCACAUUUUGCAAGGGUUCCCAAGACAGAGGAAAAAAGGAAUGAGCCGUGUGACGUAAAGCCUCACAGGCCAGGAAGGAAGACACCUAGAUACACCCCUCCUUCACUCCCAACUAAUAAGAAAUGGUUUGGGACACCUAUUGAAGAGAUGAGAAGAAUGCCAAUGUGCGGGGCUCGUCUUCCUCACUUGAGACCAUCUGCCAAUCACACCGUGACAAUCAGAGUCGAUCUUCUGAAGGAAGGGGAAGUGCCCAAGCCUUUUCCGACACACUAUAAAGAUUCGUGGGACAAUAAACACGUCAAAAUGCCUUGUUCAGAACAAAAUUUGUAUCCCGUAGAAGAUGAGAAUGGGGACAGGGCUGCUGGCAGCCGAUGGGAACUUAUCCAGACUUCAUUGCUCAAGAAAUUCACCUCUUCCCGUGAUAUGAAGGAAGCUAUUCUCAGAUACAAUGUCGCUUAUGCCAAGAAAUGGGACUUCGCAGCCCUUACUGACUUCUGCGAUAAGGUAACGGAACUUUCCUACGAUCAUGUUCUUUCUAAUAUCUUGCCAGAGUUUGUUAAAGAAUCCUUGCGAGUCCCCAACCUUUGUCAUUCUCCAAUACCUCUGCUGAAACAAAAAAUGAACCACUCCAUCACGAUGUCACAAGAGCAGACAGCUAGUUUGCUUGCAAAUGCCUUCUUCUGCACUUUUCCACGACGUAAUGCCAAGAUGAAAUCAGAAUAUUCAAGCUAUCCAGAUAUUAACUUCAACAGGUUGUUCGAAGGACGUUCACCAAGGAAGCCUGAGAAAUUGAAAACCCUGUUCUGCUAUUUCAGAAGAGUUACAGAGAAAAAACCCACAGGACUGGUGACGUUUACGAGGCAAUGCCUACAGGAAUUUCCAGACUGGGAAAGGACUCAGAAAAAAAUGUCCAGGUUGCACGUCACGUAUGAAGGUACCAUCGAGAGCAACGGGCACGGGAUGUUACAGGUGGAUUUUGCAAACCGUUUUGUUGGCGGUGGUGUUACUGGCGCAGGACUAGUGCAAGAAGAAAUUCGUUUCUUAAUCAAUCCGGAACUGAUUGUGUCUCGUCUCAUUACAGAAGUCCUGGAUCACAAUGAAUGUUUAAUUAUCACAGGUUCAGAGCAAUACAGUGAAUAUACUGGCUAUGCAGAAACAUACCGAUGGGCCAGAAGUCAUGAAGAUGAAACACCAAGGGAUGAAUGGCAGAGGCGCUGCACUGAAAUUGUGGCCAUAGACGCAUUUCAUUUCAGACGUUUCCUUGAUCAGUUUGCGCCUGAGAAAAUUAGAAGAGAGCUCAACAAGGCCACCUUAAUACAAAUCAUGGCAGCUGCGGAAGCCGGAAGAGAUGUUGUUUAUUUCACCUUUGGAGAUGCUGAGCUGAUGAGAGACAUUUACAGCAUGCACACUUUCCUAACUGAGAAAGGACAAACUGUUGGGGACGUUUACAGACUGUUACUCAGAUACUACAAUGAGGAAUGCAGGUGCUGCUCUGCUUCAAGACCAGAAGUCAAACUCUACCCUUUCAUAUACAGUGCAGUAGAAUCAUACAUGAAUGCCACCGAUGAUGAGAAAUGAUUGUGUUUUUGAUGAGUAAAAUGAGCAUUUGAAUCGCCUUCCUCUUCUCCACGUGAAUAUCAAUUGAAUUGCUGGAUGUCACAUAACGGAGUAGCGUAAAUUAAUGUCUGUGUAUAUAAAUAUUGCCUUUUGUCUCACGUGUGAUUCAAACAUCAAAGACCAGUCUCGAAGUGAAAUGGACUUCCUUUCCAAUGUAAACUAUUAUCCCCAAUCAUCAC